AUGGAUUUGUAUGACGAAAUGUACGAAAUUAAAAAUGGCCGCGAGAUUGAUGACAGCCCCCCGCCCGAUCUGGACGUUUCCGGUUCCCUGCAGUUUAUCAAUCAGGAGGACGACGAAGAGGAAGAGGACGACGAGGACGAGGAAGAUCAUCCGGAAAGGCGUGAGCAGCGAAAGGAAAGCUUCAAUGAAAGUCAUCCGCUGAGUUUGCUGGAAGAUGGCACCAAGGUUGGACGUGUGGGUGUAGAACCGAAUCCGAAACGUGAACAGCUGCGUAAGAACGAUUCCCUUACAGACAGCAGUGCCAGCAUGUCGGACGAUGAGAAGGAACCGGCGAAGAAGCUCGUGGAGGAGAAGGAAUUCAAUCCGAAGCUGUACGAAAACAUUGAUGCACCUGCCGAGGUGAAGGAUCUCUUCCAGUACAUCUCGCGCUACACACCACAGCGGAUUGCAAUUGAUUUUAAGCUAAAGAUCUUCAUACCGGAGUUUAUACCGGCCGUUGGGGAUAUCGACGCAUUCUUGAAGGUGUGUCCUCCCGGGCCGGUUAGCGAGAAGAAGAGCAAAAAGCUGAAUGGACACAUUCAAAAUUUAGGACUAAUGAUUCUUGAUGAACCGUGCGGUGAUCAGAGCGAUAGCGUGCUGCUCCAGAUGAAGCUACGAUCCAUAUUUACCAAACCGAUCGAAACACCGUCAGCGAUCGUACGUAGCGCACGGGAUAUUGAUCGUUGGAUAACGGAGAUACAGGCCCUACGGGCAAGCCAAUCGAUCCAGAGCGUUAAUGCGCACAAGCAACCGGUCGUCAACAUUGACAGCCUGAUGUCGGAAUGGCCGGAAGAGAUGGAACGGAUGCUCGAUACGGUUGGUUUUCCAUCGGCCAAGCUGGACUGCGGUUUGACGAGCUACAUCAAGAUCAUUUGCAACAUUUUCGACAUUCCGCUGCCGGCUAGCGAGAGCCAGGCCGAUUACAUCUACGCACUGUACAAUCUGUUUAAUCUAUUUCUGGCCAUUAAGCAGCAGAACACUUUGUAG